ACGCGAUCGAUUUUCUAAAAUCGCAUUUUUUUCGUGUUUAUUCGAGCUCAUUUACACGUAAGCUUGACGGAUUGGAUUUCCAAAAAAAAGGAAUCGAAAAACUCCAUAUCAUCACACUUUGUCUUUGGAAGAGAUGGAAGGAAGGAAGGAGGUCGGAAUAUUUUUUCCAGAAAAAUUCUUUCGUGUCGCCAAAAAAUACGGCUAAAAGCUUGAAAAUAUCGUAAACACUAAACAUGGCAAUGGACAAGAAGCAUCGAAGAGUUUUGCAGCAAAAUACCGUGCGAUUGAUAAAUGAUUUGGACCCAAAGCAACUGUUAGGAUAUCUGUAUCAAGAAGGAGUUAUAAUUGAGGAGGACAUGGACAGAGUUCGCAGCAAGGCGACCCAAAAAUUGCAAGCUGAAGAGUUGCUUCGUAUUAUACCAAGGCGAGGGGCCAAAGCUUUUGAUCGAUUUUGUGACGUGCUAUAUAAAAUUGACGGACAGAGACAUUUAGCGAAGAUGUUAAAAGAAGAUAUCGAGGCUUCAAAGGGUAGUGAAGGCCAAGUAACUACAGACAGCCCACCUGGCUUGCAGCAGAGAUUGAGUCCAGAACAAAUUACGAUCCUUCCGACGGACACACGUUUCCUUCCUCAAAAUAUAUUCACAGAUGCAGAAAAUGUGUACAAAAUGAAAAGCAGACCACGAGGACUUUGUUUGAUCAUCAACAACUCACAAUUUGCAAGCCAUGCAGACCUGAAGCAACGUGAUGGCUCAGAUGCAGAUGCACUGAACCUGCAGAAAUUAUUUUUGUCUUUACACUACACCGUCACAGUACUACGGAAUACGACAGCAAGUGUCCUGAUGGAUAAAAUUCAAGAAUUUGCAUUGCGACCAGAACAUAGUACCAUGGACUCUGUUGUGGUUUGUAUCCUGAGUCAUGGAAUGCCAGGACAGAUAUACAGUGUGGAUGGGAAACUUAUUCCUAUUACGAAUUUAACAGCAGCAUUUAAUGGUCAAAAUUCAAAACAUCUGAUUGGUAAACCUAAACUCUUCUUUAUUCAGGCUUGCAGAGGAGGCAAGAUGGAUCAUGGUGCAAGCACCGACCAGGUAGACUCUGGCGAGGUGACCAUCAAAAGCACUUCAGAUGUAUUGCAUGAUCUAUAUGAGGGUACAGAUGAGACAGAUUCAAGUUCAGAUGCCCUAGUUCCAGCUGAAGCAGACUUUCUGUUGGCAUACUCAACAGUUCCAGGGUUUGUGUCUUGGCGGAAUUCCGAGAAAGGAUCAUGGUUUGUUCAAGCACUGUGUGAGAUAUUUAUGACAUAUGCAGGUCAGGAAGACCUUGUCAGCAUGCUCGUUAGAGUUAACGGAAAAGUUGCCCGAGAAUUUCAAUCCUAUGAACAGAAAAAGCAAAUUCCAUCCCCUGUUGUCAGAUUGACUAAAAAACUGUAUUUCUUUCCUGGUGUUUAAUGGAAGUAAAAU